AGAGUUGGGGUUUCAUGCCUUAAAACUUUGACAUUUUUUAGUUAAUUCAUUGUUAACGACAUAUUGAUAAUGUGCAUUAUUAAUCUCUGCAAGCGAUCUGAAAACACAUCGCUGUCGGAAUUAUGACAACAACACACAGACUAGAAGGAAACGGCGUGUAAACUGUCUUGAAUUCAGCCUGGACUGAGAUAAAAGAGGAAUUAAUAAUUUUCUUAUGAAACAGCUGUGUUUGUGAUGGUGAGAUGUACACAACAAAUGAAGUUCGGGUUACCGAGGACUGGCUGCGUUCUGAAUGGCACAUCCUGGUUUCCCCUGCCUGGUUGGAUGCUUGUGUAAAUUGGGUGAAGGAGGAGGCCAACGGAGGGGCCAUGCCUCAAUCCCUGCUGAACCAACGUGUUUUAGAGCAGUGGCUUUUAACUGACCUCCGAGAUCUGGCCCACCCUGUGCUUCCUGCGGGCCUUUCCGAUGCACAGAAGACAGAACUGAACAGCUGUUACUGUAUUCAAAUGGACUCCUUACUGGACGUCAGCCAGCCUGCAUACAAUCAACUGCAGCGGAUUCGAGGCACCGACCGCUCCAACGAAGAAGUCUCGGCCGUUACGCAGGAAACUCAACGGCCGUGGGAGGCCAAGCCUACGCGCAUGUUAAUGCUCCAGCUCACGGAUGGAGUGCAGAAUCUGGAGGGCAUGGAGUACAGACCUAUCCCGGCCCUAAGUGCCAACCUGCCACCUGGCACAAAGCUACAGCUGGUCGGACCAAUUGUUGUCCGUCUCGGGGUGUUGCUGCUGAAGGCAGAGAACGUUAAAGUAUUGGGAGGGGAGGUGGAACAGCUCUUGGAGAUGUAUUCUCAAGGCAGAAUGCUUAGUGGAAUAUUGGGUCUGCCUGAAGAAAACCAUCCACAGGUUGAGGAACCCGAUGACCAGGAGCUCUUGGCCAGCGUAGAGGCUGCGGUAGAUCUUCAGGUUGCUGACAGUGGCUAUGACAGCUUGACAUCAGAAGCUUCUGCCAGACCAUCUGUACCUCGCUCUCAGUCGCAACGACGUUUAAGUCCACAUCCUCAAGUAACUCCCAUUUCCAAUGAAGACAACUGGGAUAUGGUUGAAAUUCCAGAUGAGGACUUUAGCAGUAUUCCGGAUCAUUUUGAUGAUGUUCCACAAAACGUUGAUAACAAUAUGAUCGAAGAGGACUUUGAUGACAUCCCAUUAGAAGAACUGGAAAGUGUGAUGUGCCCCAUAGAUUCAGAAGUCCUGCCCAGCACACGGGAACACACCCAUGAAGUUGAUCAACAUACCUUUAUUGCUCCAAACUUACCAAGUCUUAAAAGUGCAGGACUGAGCAACACAAAAAUCUCCUCCGACAUCAGCAUCCACCAAAAGAUGUCUAAACACGAAAUUCCCGGUGCGGACAAAUCUAAACCGGUUGCAGGAAGCUCUACAAACCGAACGGAAUCUUCUAUCUGUGAGCGAAAAGAUACACGUAUUUCUGACACACCUGUACCCAGGUAUCUCUGCACAAUACAGGCCGGCUCUUGGCCACCCACUAAUGUUCAGGUUUUAAGACUCCAAGCCUUUAUCGUCACACUGGUGGGAAACUUGAGCAAAACUGGAGGUGUUUGGAAAUUAGGGGCCACCAUAUCUGAUGGAACCGGGUACUUGGAUGUGGAUUUGUGCGAUGAGAUGCUCGCCAACCUGAUUGGGUUCUCGGCAACGGAGGCCAGACUGCUGAUGAAAGAUCCGGCGAGACGCAGUGAGGUGACCAGUGGAAUACAGCACUGUCAGAGAGAACUGGUAGACAUGUGCUGUAUGAUGAGUGUGAAAGUGGAUCAGACGGGCAGAGGAGUUGUGUUGCGUGCCGAUCCGCUUACUGAAAAGGAAUGCUUUGAGCUGCAGAGAAAAGUGAAAGAUAAAAGAAAUUAAAUGAUGUUUAUUUUCUCUAGUCUUUUGAACUGAGAAAAUGGUUCUCGGUGAAAACAAACUAAAGCAAUGCUGGCAGUGGUUUUCCUGAUUAGACGAUUUCAAACAUGGUUUCUUUUUGAAUUUCUGAAAUGCACCAUCUACCAGUCAUAAUACAUGUUAUGCUAUUUUUAUUUGUUGUUUUGUCGUUGUUCAGUGAUUAAUAAACAAUUUAUGUCUUU